AUGGAAGAUAAUAGCUGGAAGCCCCGACCGUCGCACCUGGCGGAGUCAGCCUACAACUCGCCUUACGCUAGGGCAAGCGCCCCGACGCCUCACCCGAACACAGACCCGUAUGCUCCUCUCCGAGCCAAAGCCCUUGCAACCCUCGAGGCCAUGGGCUAUGAUCCUCAAACCAUGGUCGAGCGCGGCGUUUUCUGGGCAGAGGAUCAGGACCCGUUCGGCCAUGUCAUGCAGUCUCAGUACAUGACCUUCCUAGGCGCAUGCUUCCAUAGGGUUAUGGAAAGCUACGAUGAGUUUCUGAACGAGAAGGAAUACAAUGACAUGAUCAUCGCCAAGACGGUCAUUCCCGUGGUACGGCGAUACGAGCUCGACAUACGGAGGCAGGUCAAAUAUCCCGAUUCGCUCAUUGCGGCUUAUCGAGAGGAUAUCAUCGAGCCGACCAGGAACAGCGGAACUACUUCACUCUUUUCCCUCAAGCAGCAGGCCAUUGUUGCGGAGGUCAAGGGCUCAGCCACCUACAUGGACGUUAAGACCGGACGGCCUGUCGACAUUCGUACGCUUGGAGGCGGAUGGGCAAAGCUGUUCGAAGGUUUCACUGAGAAGGCAGAGCAUGCACAGAUGCUGAAGAAGAAGUGGGACAGCGAGCAUUUGCAGGUCGGGAAGAAGAUUGGGAGUUCGAAGAUCUAA